GGGCAGCGGGAGCUGCUCGCCCUCAUCCACCAGCACCUGCUGCGCGGCGGCUACGCGCGGGCGGCCCGCGAGCUGCAGGCGCAGCUGGGGCAGAAGCUGCUGCCGUCCCUGGCUGCCUCCCUGGAGGAGAUCUUCACCCACUGGCAAAGAACUCCCUCGAAUUCCAGGAGAAGAAAGGCAAGUGAUGUGGAGGCAGCCGUCCCAGAAAAGAUCAGAGUUCCUGAUCCUGUGAGCAGCUCCGAGAGCUCAGAGAAAGAAGAUGAUGAGAGAGAGAAGACCAAAGCUGUCAAGGCCAGCGUUCCCCUGGUCACCAACUCAGCAGUGAACGUAGAAAGCAGCGAGGAUGACGACUCCUCAUCAGAAGAAGAGGCACCAUCAGGAAAAGAAGUCGUGACAGUGAAGCCAGCUGUGGUCAGCGGCAAAGCUGCCAACUCCCUGCAUUCUCCUAAUAAAACUGCUACUCCGGCAGACAAGGCAGUGGUGGCCUCUGCUGUGCACAGAACUGUGGUGUCAAAUAAGAAGCCCAAUACAGCAGCUGUGUCUGCACCUCUGGCCAAGGCUGGGCAAAAGCCACCCAGUCCUGAGAAGCUGGGACCCCCAGGAGCCACCUUGGGCAAAGGAGGUCAGAGCAAAGCACCAGAAACGACGAAGGCGCCAGAGAGCUCCGAGAGCAGCAGCUCUUCAGAGAGUGAGGAAGAAAAGGAAACACCAGCAGUGAAUUCAGCAGCCCCCAAGGCGGAGCUGAAGCAGGCAGCUGCGGCGGCUGAAAGCAGCAGUGAGGAAUCGAGCGAUGAGACAUCCUCCGAGGAGGAGCUCCCACCUUCAGCAGUCCAGGCAAAACCAGCUGUGAAAGUAGUGCAGGCUAAUGCAACACCUGUGAAAAGCACACCUGCUGCUCCAGUGUCCACCAAGAAGAAAGCAGUAAAGCCAGCAGCAGUGGCACCAAACCAGGCCAAGCCUGGACCAGCAACAGUUCUUGGGACUGCAAAGGCUGAUGACACUUCAGAGAGCAGCGACUCAUCAGACAGUGAAAACGAGGAACCCGCAUCUGGAACCCAAACAAAGCCACCUCCAAAAUCCUCCCCGGCCACCCCAUCCCCAGUGAAACCAACCCCGGCAGCGUCACUCUCCAGCAAAGCAGCUCCAGCAAAAGCUCUUCCAUCAGCCCAAGGGAAGGCGGCACCAAAACCAACAGUGCCAAAGCAGGGCAAAAAUGGCCUGCAAAGGACUGCUGUUGGCACAAAGGCUGCUGAAAGCACGGAACCAGCGGAGAGCACCGACUCCUCAGACGGCGAAGAGGAGGAUCUCUCUGUGCCCAUAAGCCAGAAGAGAUUAACAGAACAGCCUGGACAAGUUCCCAUCCCAGGCGAGGCUGCUGAAGUUGGAGGACCUGAAAAGCCAGCGGGAGGCACCUUGAAAAGCCAGACCUCUGAGAGUGAGAGCAGUGACUCUUCUGACAGUGAAGAAGAGACGCCCGUGGCACAGCAGCGGCCUCCACCAGCUGUGAAAACCAACGCUGUGCCCAAGCCAGCGGGUGGGAAGAAGGCACCAGCUCCAGCACCGGUGCCAGCACCAGCCCCUCCGCCUGCCGAGAGCAGCGACGAUUCCAGUGAGGAGUCCGAUUCGGAGGAGGAAAUAAUUCCCCCUUCACAGAGUCUGACGCAGCAGAACGUCAAAGCAGGCAGGGCUGCAAGCACAGCGGCUGCCAAGGCUAACGCCACGCUGCCCCCGGGGAAGGGCAUCCAAGCCGCCGCGCCGCCGGCUUGCAGAGUGUCCGAGAGCUCGAGCAGCGAUUCCUCGGAGAGCGACCUGCUUGUGGGAGAGGCCCUUCGUCCUCCAAGCCCAAAGCAGGCAGCUCCUGCAGGGAAAGCACCUCCAACCAACGCUGCUGCUCCACAGGCUGCUUCAGUGCCAAGAAACCCCACUGCUGUGCAGAAGAAGCCAGGGCUGCAGCCUGCCCAGGACACCAGGCUGAGCCAGGCCACGCUGCCCACCCAAGCAGAGGAGACCUCAGACAGCAGCAGUUCCUCCGAGAGUGACAAGGAGGAGACGCCCAAACAGGUCUCCAAACCUGGUGUGCAGCAGAAACCAGGAGGGACUGAGCCAGCCCACAGCUCCUCCUCAGAGUCCAGCGAGGAAGAAGAAGGGACAGUGUCACAGUCCCUCCUCACAGGCUAUGUGGGCCUCUCCAAGGUCCCAACAGCAGCACCUCAGACACCAAAGACGGUUCCUUCCUUGCCUGUAGGCAAAACAGGACAAGCAAAAGCAGCAGUGCCUGCUCCUAACCCGCCAGCCAAGGCCCCUGUAACCGCAGCCGACAGCUCCAGCAGUGACAGCAGUGACUCCGACACGGAUGCUGAGCAGGCGCCUGCAGUCCAGAAAGCAGAGGACAAACCCCCUCCAGGGCAGGAAGCCGCAGGACCUACUGGCAAAGAGAAAGCAGCCGGGAAGACAGCACCGAGUCACGGCAGCCUCAAAGCUUCCCCAGGCAAGAAAGCCCUUGCAGUGAAGCAGAAUGACACUGGGGCAAAAGGGACACAAGGAAACCCGUUGCCAUACGCCCUGCUCUCCAUCCCAGAGUCAGAGGAGCCCAGCUCAAGCAACGAAAGCGAGGCUACCACUGCCGCCAAAAUCCCUGCAGUGCAAACGGUGGAAGAGAAGAAGAAGAAAAAGAAGGAAAAAAAAGAAAAGAAGGAAAAGAAGAAACCGUCCUCCACGGCUGACAAGGCUGUGAAAGCGCCCAAGAGCAAAGACAAGGAGAACAAGAAGCAGAAAGCUUCUCAGAAGCGGAAAAGGCCAGGAGAGGAGGAUGGAGCAGUUGGGCAGCCCAAGGAGAAGAAGCGGAAAGGGCAGGAUAGUGAAGAAGUGCCCAAAAAGAAAAAGAAGAAAGCAGCUGGUGACGUGGAGAAGCUACCAGGGAGCAAGGACAAGAAAAAAUCCAAUAAAAAAAAGAAGAAUGGAAAAGAAAAGAAGAAGAAGAGCAAAAAAGGAUCUUCAGAAGGGGAGCCGGUAGCAGAAAGCUCUGCUGAAGGUCACAAGAAGAAGAAGAAGAAGAAGAAAACAACCGAGCCUGAAGAAUUAUGAAAAGGUACCGUGGCCCUGUCAGUAAGGAUUUAUGAAUGAAGAUCAAGCAGAAGAGAGGAAAAGGAAGCCCAACAGGAGAAUUCCAACUUUUUUUUUAAUAGUAAUUUAUAACUCCUCCUUUUAACUGUGACUUUUAGAGCAGAGUGGUGUAACUUUCUGCCUCCUCCUGUCCUGCUGGGGCCUGGAGAAGUGUUUUACCUCCCCUGCCGAUGGCUCACCCGUUGCACUAGAACUGAACUAAAGGAGGCAGUUUGACCAGAGAAGAGCCAGCUUGCAUAGACUGCUUUCCUCCUAGUUGACACCCAGACAUCCCUUUUUCUCUCUCUUCACAGAGCUAUAUUUUUAAGAGAAACUUUUACUCUUUCUUUUUUCUCCCUUUCUUCCUGUGAUUUGUGGUGUCGGUCUUUUUGCUACCCAUGGAGAGAGCUCUUGGGUUUACUUUUUAUUCUGACACUGGCGACGACGAUUCUCCCUUCCCUGGAGUUGUGCUGCGCAGCUGUGCCCAGCAGCUGCUCUUGG